UACAAGCGCUCGAUUUGUCUUUUUGCUUUGUUGUCUGGUCAUUGUCAAAUAUCACUGCAGCCCUCAUUUGUUUUUUUUUUCACGUGCCACCUGGCAGAUUCUCAUAUUGUUAAGUCGAAAAGGAUGUUCAUUUCGGCAUUAAUUAGGUCAGAAACACAGUCACUCAUCAGUAUUUUUCUUUCACACACCAACUCAUGUGCACCGGUCACUACCAGACCCCCGUUGUUGGGCAUCACAUUCACAUUUCCCUCAAGAAUGUCUUUAUAUACACUUGUGAGAACUACUCAUCACUUCCUUGCACUUCAGUUGAGGGGAAGGGAUGCUACAAAUACUUAUUGGAUCCUAAUGACCGAGAUGGUCAGUUCUAUGGUUGUCCAGGAGACAGUUAGCCAAAUUCUAUCCGGUCUGGUUCACAGCUACGAGGGCAAAGAAGACUCAAAUCCAAAUGAUAACUUGGAGAGGCUUGAGAUGGCGCAUAUCAAGCUGGAGGCAGCUCUUGAAACAUGCAGCAAGUGGCACGUCACUGAUUUGUCAUUGCUGCGUUGGCGCAAGAAGCUGAAGCGAGCUGCUAAAGAGUGUGAUGACACGCUAUACAAAUACAAGAAGAUGAUCCUCGAAGAUGAGCAGAUGGAACAGGAGGUUAGGAAUUCCUACUUUCCAAGACGAAUAGCACAUGCUACCAAAUCCUUUAUUUUCUCUGGCUUUGGCCGCAACAGCUUUGAGUCCAGCAGAUCUGCUGUUAGAAGAUUUGAGUGGUUUGCAGACAGUGCUAGUGAGCUUCUGAGAUUCAUAGAGCUUGGUGGCACACCUUGCUGUCACAUGCCAUUCAACUCUUUUGCCAAGCACCUUUUUGCAGGCAAGGAACUACAACAUAAAAUUGUUCACGGAAACGAGUACCCAUCGCUUCUACUAUGGUUGGUGCCCUUUGUUACGGAAGAGCACGGAAUAGAAGCGUGCCUGGUAUUUAUCAAGAAAGACAGAAAUACGCUGGAGGAUGAGUUUUUCUUUAGUGUAAUACUGCAGCUUUCAGAAAGUACAGACAUAGUUGGGACCGCAGUUAAGUGCUUGCAGUUGUUCCCCCACCAUUUUCAGCCCACAGUUGAUACUAUCAAGAAAGAACUUACUCAGCUGAGUACACAGGACUUUUCAUGGGUGCCAUAUGUUGAUCUAUGGCACAGAAGACACUGGGACAAUCUCCUUAGGUUUAGCACUCAAUGGUUUCGCCCAGAUCCAUUGUGUUGCAAGCAGCAUGAUCAGCAGCAUAGGCUUCAGUAUAGUAACCUAGGCACAGUUGAUGCUUCCCUGGAUUCAAUUAUUGAAGUAAAUAUGCAGUGUCAGAUCUCGCUACCGGAGUACAACAAGCAACGGGCCGCACUGUCUGAAUGCAAAUAUUCUCUGCGUGACUAUCAGAAGCUGAAAGCUGGAUUCCUCUUUACUCCCCAUGGUCCUUCGGAAAACAUGCUACCUGCAGAUACAAGUUCUAUGGUGGCGCCGCCGAUCUUCAGGAGGGGACAACAUUGCGAGGAUACUGAUAAUAUUACCUUGGAACAACUGAAAGAGAUCAUGCUGCCAAAGGCGAUAGAUUACUUCCGACAGAACACUGAAGCGACAGUCUACCAAAUACUUUGGAAGGCUAUACAUGGCACUGCGUACAUUCAUUUUGGGAAGCCAACUUCUAGGGGAGCUAGGAAAAGAAAACUAGUCCAACCAAAGGAUCAGGAUGUGCAGCAUCGGACGCGUAUGAUCUCUCACUUGCUCGACUUAUGGGCUGCACAUGCUCCCGUUAGGCUACGAGGCUUCAUCUUGGACUGGAUUCAGAAAGAAAAGGAAAGUCAGUUAGCAGCACCAGUGCACCACUGUUCCUGAAGUUCUAAAUCAAUUAACCUGGAGAGGUAAGAGAUUAACAGGAACAUAUGAAAGGUUGGAUUACUACUAUCGACCUACAUUAGGAACUUAUGACAUCACUUGUUCUCAGUCUGAGUUAUGCAUAUAUGACCAGGUGAUCAUGUGAUGGGAAUUACAUGGGAGUAAAAAAAAAGUAACCUUUUGUUUUUCUUGUGUGUGUGUGUGUGUGUGUGUGUGAACUUUGCUGUGAGCCUAAAAUCCAGUAACACAAAACAAAACAAAAGGUAGCGAGAUCAACAAACUUGGAUAUCUACAAGCAAUGGGCAAGCGGUAGUGACGUGUGGCUUUCCCAUCUCCAAAACACCAUGAUUUGCUGAACUCCUUUUCCAUUGGUGCACACGUAGUACGUAGAAGUGCUCAGGUUGUCAUUUGCUUUAUAGUUCGGUCCUUGUCAAAUAUCAUCAUCAGAUUCUCAUGUCCCUGCUAAGUCAAAAGGAUAAUUCAGUGCCAAAAAAAAGGCAAAGAACUAAUCAGUGUUUUCCUUGUACAAACCAACGCCUAGACAUGGCUAGGACAGCGUGGAGCGUUUGCGGCUGUUCCUCGCUCAUUUUAAGCCCGCCGCAGCUGAUAAUCUACGAGUUCAUAAGAGAUAAUUAUUCUCUUUAAUAAACUUUUGUGUCGUGCAGGGCACAAUACAA